AUGCCUUGGAGCCGAUACGAUCUUGGCCAAACCAAUAUCUUCUAUGAUGAAGCAAAGCCUCCGCUUCCGAGCUUUGUGCUACCACCACAUGUAGAAGACGUCAGAAGAUGUUUGACGGACUUUUCUUGCCUAUUCAACGAGAAGGAUGAAUCUUUUCAUACCAUCUCAAAAGAUAUUGGGGAAGGGAUGGACCAAGGCUUGAAUCCAGACCCAAUUCGUAAAGCAGCAGAGAGGAUUCAGCAUGAGGUUCUUAGCAAGGUGGGUGGGGGUUAUGCGGAGAAUGUGUGGCAGGAUAUCUUCAGAAAGCGCUUUUUCGAUCAGCUUACCGACUCUCUCUCUUUAUCGAAAGAAGAUUCAAGACGAGUAUCACGAAGCAUAUACUACUAUGAUCAGGUGGCAAGAAGCAGUGAUGAAAAUUGGACUUUAUUCGAGUCCGGGAAGGAGGCAACAACCUCGCGAUUAAGGCCAGUCAAAUGUCCAAAACCCGAUCAAGCUUUUUUCUUGCCUAUUUAUCACCAUCGCAACAAUAGUGGACUCCCAAAAGUGGCAGAUCCGAAAGCGCGGCAAUGGAGCCACGCUGGGGACUCCCAACCUGUGGAGCCUUUCACAUGGUCGACCCUCCAAGCACUGAACAAAUUUGGCCUUGAACCGUCUCCGUUUCGCAUAUUCGAGAAGUCUCCAUUGGAGGCCAACCUCCGAUGUUAUCCUUGGCUUAUAAUAGAGCACAAAAAAGAGAAGGAUCAGAAUGAGGCACUCGAGCGCGUUGUCAACUGCCAGGGCGCCAACGCUGCGGCUUGUGCCAUCAGUCUGGUCCAGCAGACGGCUCAAUAUGCUGUUAACCUUCCUAGACACGCACAUAUCCCCCCAAUCCCUGUAAUUACUACAGUUGGACCUUCUGUCACAGUAUGGCUCAUGUACUUUGCCGAGGACUUUGAUGCGCCAUGUAGCCGAAGGGAUACAGAUGAGGUAAUAACAAGGAGGCGGAAAGAGGGCUACAUCAUGCGAGCGAUCUGGAAAGGCGACGUCAAAAACCUCACCGACAUCAUGGCGUUUCAGAUGAUCAUCGAGAAUACACACACGUGGGCAACCCGAGUCUUCAAGCCUUUAAUCGCCUCGUAUAUCGAGCAGUGGAAACACAUACACAGCGGGCAGAAGACAGGCAUGGCGGCUGACCUACUGCUGACGGCCAAGUCAGAAGCAUUUCGUCAGAAGACUAUAGAAAAGCGAAGACUUGUCGUGCCAAUGGUUCGAGAUCUACUAGAUGCACCUGCAGGCAUGGAACUAGAUGAUAUGGCACAUAAAAAGGUCACGCCACUGUUCCUUGGUAUGCUUAUGCAUCAGAUAUGCUCCACGGAGAGAGAAUUCAUUUCCAGCCAAAUCGACAAAGCGGUAAUGGACAGGCUGCAGGUCAUUGUUACGAAUGGCUCUACAGUUACUACUCAAGUCGAAGCCCUUCAUCGAGUUGAAGCAACAGCACAAUUGCCUCUCAGGAGUCAGCGCGAAGAGACAACACAGAGUUCCAAUUCAACGCAAGAGUCUCAGAUUCCAGAGGUCGAUAAUGACGAUCCAGAUGACUCAGACUACCAUCCUACAAGCUCUGAAUCACGAUCAAGGUCACCCUCAGAUGCCCACACAGAUGAUGGAGAUGCUCGGUCUGAGGCUGCCGUUUCUGUAGCCUCUACUUCAGCCUUUUCAUUUAGCUCCUUCUCAAAGGACUCAACGGUCGUAUGGAAACCUCCGAGUGAUCCUGAAACACCAAAGUCUGGAUCAAGGAGCAAGAAGGGACCUGAAAGACCGGAUAUUCUUCAUCGACAGUCUUCGCAGCCAUCUGAGGACUCCGACGACGCGACGCCGAAGCCGACCACAGUGGGUCAUGGGAUUGAUUUCAAUUUUGCAUCUCCAAUUUCAGGCUCGCGUCUUGAGCGACUAGGAAAGAAUGUACUCGACGGGCCGCCAGUGUUCGCAGGUCGAUCGCCACCUAGUCAACCAAAGUGGCCACCGGGGCGAAAGUUUGUCUCACCAAAGACUCAAAGUUCUCCCAAGGCUCCCAUGCAUCGGGGUGACAUAAUUACAUCCCCCCCUGCAGAUCCCAAGGCGAAACUAUACAUUGACUUGACGAGUGAUAGUCAGAGAGACCACCCAAAUACCAAGGAGUAAAUGGCUGGAUGGUCCUGUUCUGAUAAAGGGGCCUUUGGAUAUCAUAUUUCAUCACGUACAUUCCUUUGUCGCAG